CAACUCACCAAGGUCUUAAGGCAACAGCACCUUAGUCUUCACUCCAGCUUUAUAAUUUUUUUUUAAAAAAGUCUUCCGCUGCUGUCUUUCUCCUUUUUACUUUUACACCACAAAGAAAGCAACAAGAACCAGAGAAAAAGAUAAGGACCAUUAACAGCAUGAACCAUCAUCAGGUUGCAGAAGAUGAGAUGGUACUCAUUAACCAGUACUAUCCUGGUAUUUACACCCAGCUUGCACCACAACAAGGAGAGUCAAAGCCAAGGCGAAGACGUAAGAAGAACAAAUUAGGAGAAGGGAGCGGGAGUGAUCAGGCAAUGAUGAUGAGGAAAAGAAAGCUAAGUGAAGAACAAGUUAAUCUACUUGAGCAAAGUUUUGGGGACGAGCACAAACUGGAGUCAGAGAGGAAGGAUAAGUUAGCCGCCGAGCUAGGGCUCGACCCACGCCAAGUUGCGGUGUGGUUCCAAAACAGGAGGGCUCGUUGGAAGAGUAAGAAGCUUGAAGAGGAAUACUCCAAGCUGAAAUCUGAGCAUGAUAACAAUGUUGUGGACAAGUGUCGUCUUGAAACUGAGGUGUUGAAGCUGAAGGAACAGUUGUCCGAAGCAGAGAAGGAGAUACAAAGGCUGCUAUUUGAGAGGUGUGAUGGAGUAUCAAGCAACACAAGUCCAAGUGCUUCAUCUUUUUCAAUGGAAGCUGCAAUGGAACCACCAUAUCUAGGGGAGUUUGGAAUGGAGGGAAUGGAUGAUAUGUUCUAUGGACAAGAGAACAAUUAUGUUCAGGGAUUAGACUGGGUUAACCUAUAUAUUUGAUUAAUAAUAUAAUGAUCAUCAUGUGAUUAAUUUCUAAAUUUAGGAUCCCACAAUUCUAUUUGUAGAUAAGUGACCCCACUAUAUAUAACUAAGCUAAUUAAUGUAUGUAAAUACUACUACUAUCUUUUUUCAUUGCUUUUCCUAGACUAGUGUGUUAAUUAGUGUUACUAGUAGUUGACUAGCUAGAUAGCAAGUGGCAACAUGGAAUAUAACUGGGAUUUUUCUUUAA